ACUGCAAGCGAAAUCAGCUGAUUUCGUCACAUGACAUAGCUCUCCAGUUUGGACACUGUGUGCUAAGCAUAACAAUUCGGAAAGAGGGAAGAAAUAUAACAGUGAAAUAUUAUAAAAAAAGGAAUACAUUCACAUCGAUAGAAACUCCUGGUUAUUACUCCUCUCCUGCCAUGCCGUGAAAGACGGGGGGGUGAACCCUUGACCCUGAGGUGACCAGACUGUGAUUAAACCAGAGGAGGAGGAGGAGACGGACAUGCACCCGUACGGCUGCGAGGCAGAGACCUCCCUACAGGAGCUGUUUGAUUUCUUCACUCGGUGUCUGCAGAAUGCGGAGUGGGAACUGGCUGGAGCCUGUGUGCCUCAGCUGUGUGACGCUGGAGGAGAAGUGUCACAACGGCUACGGGACAUCAUCAAGGCCAUCAUCACCUACCCUUACCCGCUAGAAUGGGAGAGUGUGGGCAGCCCUCACAAACUGGCCUGGCUUUGGCUUGAAGUCCUGGAGAAAUGGACCAAGGAAGAGGUUUCUGUUUCAGUCAGGAGAGAACUAGAGUUCCUGCUGCUUCUCGAGGAGCUCGGAGACGAGGUGCCAGAGACAACGCUCAAGGAACUCCACCAGGCCUUCCUAACCACCCAGUCGGAGGAGAGAAAGGGAUCAGGGGUCACCGGGGCGGGCGAUGCUCAGAGUCCAGGGAUAGAGACCUGUCUCGAGGCCUUGUUGGACCAGAAGAGACCCAGAGUGGCCCAGGCUCUGGUUAGCUUCCUGGAGGACCACCCCAGGAGUGUUAACACAGGGAACCACAUCCUGCAGGACACAUUCAUCAGAUACCUGAUGGAGAGAGUGGAGCAUCUUGGUCCAGGCUCAGAGAAGAUGGAGGGCUGGGCGGAGGAGAUGUGUAUGGUCCUAGCCCUGAUGCCCCUGAGGUCGGAGCGAGGUGGAGGAGGCGGGGUGGAGGCCCUGUGUGAGGCCCUGUGGAGGGUCAGACACGGGCCCCUGAGCGAAGAGAGGGUCCUGAGCUCCCUGCUACGGCCCCGCUGCCACACCUUGCUCUCCCGUUACUGCUCUACAGCACUCAGGCUGCACAGAGACCGACUACUGAGAGAGACUCCCAGCACCCAGGUGGAUCUUCCUGAAGCGGAGAAGUUACUGCUGGGCUUGUGUUGUCAUGGGGACCGGCCUUCCGUCUGGAAAACCAUUUACUUUGAGUGCCUUAGCAGCGGCAAGCACUUCCUCGAACGGGUCCUGGUGACUGCUCUGGACCUGGUGAAGAGGGAGGAGUUCUGUAGGCUAGAGGACCUGCUGAAGGGGGAGUUCCAGCCUCUGUCACGCCUCCUGCUACUCCUGGGGUGGACCCAGUGCCAAAGCCUGCUCUCAGCUCAGACCCUGCUACGCCUCCUACACCACGACCAGGCGCUGGCCAACGACUCCGUUCUGAGAGAGUUUGCCAACGGUCUGUCUUCUCAAUUGGGAGUGUUGGAGUGGUGUGUUGAGAGCAACCCAGGGAUCCCCAAGGAGGCGUUGCUUGGCCAGCUGCACACACUAGACAGUCACUCAGCCUUGUACGUCCUUCACUGUCUCACCCCUCUGGCCCAGAAUGAGGAACACGUGGUACUGGACCUGCUGAAUACACAGACCAAACCUAGCGGAGCAGAUGAGUUCAGUGUGGUGGUAGACAGCCCCAGUCCGAUGGUCCAGAGAAAUCUGGUUCUGUACAGGGGGUUCUGCGCUAUGAAAUACGCCCUGUACGCCAUGUCUAUCACCGCUCACAAGUACAGUGGCUGCUCCGACUGUGGCACCGCGCAGUCCACACCUGAGGCUGAGAAGGACCAGAGCCGGGCCUCAACCCCCCUCCAAGACUGUCCUCCCCUGUUCCAGCUCUACCUGUCUGAGUGUCAGAUCUACCUGGAGGCAGUACCUGCUAUGUUCCGUCUGGAACUACUGGAGAACAUCUUCUCUCUGCUCUUCCUGUCCAUCGCCGAUUUUACCCUCCACAACCAUCAGGGGGCGACGACGAGCACAGGCCAGACAGAACACUCCGAAGGGAAGAAGAGAAAAGGGCAACAGGAAGGGAAGAAGAGAGGAGACGGACAGGAGGAGAAAGAAAGCUCGAGCAAAGCCGAAGUAGUUGGAAGAGGAGAAGAGGAUCAAAGCAAAAUGACAAAAGAGAACCAACCACCCAACUUCCCCUUCUCAGCAUCCCAACGGAGUCACCUUGAUCUGGGUCACUUGACGGCAGGCUGCAGGGGCUUCCUAGUGGACCUCGGAGCCAUGGAGGGGUUCCUGCGGCUGCUGAGAGAGAGUCUGGAAGGGGUGGUGGUAGUGGGUCAGGGGGCGGGGCAGGAGGAGGGCAGGGCUCUGGCCGGGGAGGCAGAGGCGGCAGAGAUUCUGGGCUGCUCUGUGACGGCGGAGACUUUCGGCGCCCGGCUGCAGAGACUGUCCAAGAGGACGGCCGAAGCCCAGUGGAGACUUCAGAUUAUCACUUCCAACCAGGACCGUGGAAACGUCUCACACCCCCCCACCCAGCCCCAGGUGUCUCCAGCAGCCAGUCCUGCCUCCUGUUUAAAAGGAAGAAGCAGCAGUACUGGGGUCAGGAGGAGGAAAAGGCCUAGACGACAACACUCUGACAGACAACCCUCCACAGAGAUACACAAGGGAGAGGUCAGCGCCAGCCCCUCAGAUGGAAGUGGCGGAGCCGGGCGGUCGGAGUGGGAGGUGUGCCCCUGUGGAAGUAUGGGUAGCUGGGUAGUUCCGGCCAUGCUGUCUCCACCGGAGUCCCUGCUCAUGGCCUGCAUCCGCCGAGGAAACUACAUGGAAGCACACCAGGUGUCUCUGAUGUUUGGCCUGGAGGGGUCAUGGUGCUUUGGGGAACUGGUCUUCAUGGAGCGUUACCGGGAAGUCCUGGAGGAGCUGGGUCGCGUGGAGCAGAAGAUGGAGACCCACUCUUUAUCUUCAUCCUCGUCUUCCUCAGAGGGCCUGGGAGCGACGGCCGUGGCGCCCGCCCCGGGGCGUAGUCGCCUGGGAAGUAGUGGGCGCUCCACCCUGCAGGCCAUCGGGAGUGCUGCCGCUGCAGGCAUGGCUUUCUAUUCAGUCUCUGACGUGGCAGACCGUCUCCUUUCCACCCCUGGUCGCCCCGUUCCGUCCCUGGAGGAGGGCUACUGGCUGGGCCGCUGUGUCCUGGACCCCCCAGGGACAGGCCUCCUGCACUCCCUCCUGGAGGAGCUCAGCCCCCCUGCCAUGGCUGCCUUCGACCUGGCCUGCUGUCACUGCCAGCUGUGGAAGACCUCCAGACAGCUGCUGGACACGGCAGAGAGACGGCUACACAGCAGUCUGGAGGGAAGAGGACUGAGGGUGGAGCCCAAGGUGAAACACUCUGAGGGUAUCCGAGGGUUUCCUGCGAUGCUCCAACAGAUGGGGAAGAUCCUCAACCACACAGCCAGUCAUAGUGGCAACAAGGGCCCCGCCAAGACAGAAGCCAUUGUGGAGGACCACAUUGUGUCCAGUCCUUUAGGCUGCUGUAUACAGGAAGUGUUGCUGUGCUGCCACCCUGUGCUGAGUGAGGAGGGCAUCGCUACCCGACUGAGCCUGGCACAGCACCUAGAGAUCACCUUGCUGACCCUGUCCACCGCUACAGAAACCACAGUGGAGAGUCCUGUUGGUGCCCUCCUAACAGCCCUGGUAGAGCAGGCCAGUCUGAAACAGUCGGAGUUGGAAUCCCACCCGGUCCGUUCCUCCAUGAAGCAGCUGCUGCGGUCGAUGGACCAGCUGUGUCCCUUCGAGCCCCAGGGCUCCCCUUGCAGGCCAGACUACAUGAGGAGCUUUGUGGACUACGUCAACACGCUGGCUUCGGUGUUAAUACACAGCCUGGGAUCUGAAGACCAAAACAGUGAGGUGAAGUUGGGGAACCCACUCCUGGUUCUCCUCCAGGCCCCAUCUCAGCUGCUCUCUCACCUGCUGUUCGAAAGACAGGUGGCUCCUGACAGAGUUUUGUCUCUGUUGCAGCAGGAGGGUCUGCGUCUGAGUGUCCAGCAGGUGAUCGUGCAGCGCUGCUGUGAGGCUCUGCCUUUGUGGGACUGGUGCCCCGAACCAGAGAGGGAAGCUAAGGCUGGGCAAGGACAGACCGGACCAGGGGAAGGGGUGUUUAGGACUGCCAGCCUGGCAGCCCUGCUACAGCUACAGACUCAGGAACACUUGUCAAUGCUGGGCAUCACUGAGCCCCAGUCCCAGUCCCCCAGCUCUGAAUCUGAAGCCUCUCCCGCACUGGAAGACCUCCGAGCAACUACACCUCCCGUCCUCAUCUUGUCCUCUUCUCUUUCACCUCCACGACCAACUUCCUCUUCCUCCUCUUUUCUCCUCACACCACCAGCCCUGUCUUUCCUCAAAUCCCGCUCCCCUCUCCUGGCCACCGUUGCCUGUCUCAGUGCCAGUCCACGAGGUGCUGCCCGAGUACAGCCGUCCGGUUGGCUGGUGUUCCGGGGAGGGGGGCGUAAAGAGUGUGUGCUGGACGGGGAGCAGAUCUCCAGGGAGGGGGAAAGCCUGCUUAGAGACUUCCCCAUCCUGAGGGCCUACCUGGGGGCCAUGGUUCAGCCCGUCCUGGGUACUCCGCUGGGGGCUGGGGAGGAUGGAGCCGGUGGCGGAGCUGCUGGAGGUCUUGGGGCAGCCUUAUGUGGUAAGCCCCUGGUGGUUUUACUCCUGUCGGGCCCUCAGGGGACACCUGCCCAGGCUGUAGCUAUGGAAGCCUUCCAGCAGGCCCUGGCCUCUCGGGACCUGGGCAGGGCUCUGAGCCUGCUGGAGCUGUAUGGACAGGGCUGCAGCCAGGAGAGGGUGCUCCGAGACAGACUACUAGCCUGGGCUGCUCUGGAGGAUGGCGAAGACAGCAUAGGCCAGUUGUUCAGAGUACAGGACCCAUGUCUGAGGGCCCGUGUGGCCUUACAGGCCCUGGAGCGCUGGCCCCUCGGGCCCUCUCUGGAGCUGAUGGAGUUCUGCCUCAACAACCCCCACGUGGAGGCCUCUCUCAGGGGAGAGCUGGAGCUCAGGAAGACGGAGCUGGACAUCUACCAACGGAUGUUGAACCUGCUGCCUUCGUUGCCAUGGGCCACCUGGCAGGAGCUGAGGACAGAGUCCAGGAGAGACCCCGAGUCCAUGUUUUCUAGGAUGUUGGAAGCCAGGGAGUUUUCUCUGUGUGCCCAGUGGAUGGCGCUGUACUCUGUGUCAGACCACCUCAGAUUACAGCUGCAGACCGAACACCUGCUACACCUGCUGGAGAAAGGACAGACUGACAACGCUUUCCAGCUGCUGGAGGGCCUAUCAGACUUAACCUUGGGUCUGGAGGUGUGUGAGCGCGCUCUGGACCGCCGGCCUGGAUUGGCUGCCUGCCACUUCCUGGCUAACUACCUCACUCUCCACUUCCAGUGCCAAGUGUCCCCCGCCCGCCGACGCCACAUCCACGACCUUCACCUGGGAUCCAAGGUCCUCCUCACCCUCCCCCCUGGCGCCAGACACGACUACUUCCCCCUCCUCUCUGAGCCACUAUUAAUGCUGGAACAGCUCCUGAUGAACCUGAAGGUGGACUGGGCUGAAGUGGCGGUGAGGACGUUACAGAACCUACUAUUAGGCCGGGAGGACGGCUUCACCACCCACGACAUCGACAAACUACUCUCCAACUACGCCAGCAAGGCCCUGGACUUCCCCUACGCACCCAGGGAGAAGUCUCGCUCCGAUUCUGUGAUCAGUCUCCAGGAUGACCAGUGUCCAGCCCAGGACAGCUGUCCAUCCACCCCCUCCAGGAUGGGAACACCUCCACCUACUGCAGGUAGUACCCCCAUGCACACCUCGUCCUCCGGCAGUUCCCUGGACAGAGGGUCGACCGGCAGGAGAAUCCAGCGCUCCCCCGAUCAGUUCCAGCCCCCAGACAAAGCCCCAGUUCGUAAGGACUGGGUCCCAGACAACCAGCAGCAUGUCUGCAUGGUCUGCCAGCGAGAACGCUUCACCAUGUUCAACAGGCGUCACCACUGCAGGAGGUGUGGUCGUCUGGUGUGCCAUGCCUGCUCCGACCACAAGAUGGCGGUAGAGGGCUGCACUGAGGAGGAGGAGAAGGAAGUGCGCGUGUGUGACCAGUGUUACAGCUACUUCCAUCCAGAUUCUGAUGAGACGCUGGAACAAGCUGAAGUUGCAGGUAGUCCUAUGUCGACAGAGGGAGUAUUAGAUUCAAUGCUUCACCUGCCAGAGGUCACUCACCGUCAGUUUCACCUCAGCACCAACCCUACAGACAACCUGCAACUACAGACAGAUUUCUACUAUGAACAGGCUCCCAGUGCGUCUCUAUGUGUGGCCAUCCUGUCCCUCCAUAGCGACCAGACAGCCUGUGGACACCAGCUAAUUGGACACUGCCGCUCACUGUCCCGUAAACUAACCAAUCCCGAGGUGGACGCCCGCCUCCUCACCGACGUCAUGCGCCAGCUUCUGUUCAGCGCCAAACUGAUGUUCGUCAAGGUGGGCCGCAGCCAGGACCUGGCCCUGUGUGACAGCUACAUCAGUAAAGUAGACGUCCUGAAGAUCCUGGUAACGGCCAACUACAAGUACAUCCCCUGUCUGGAUGACAUCCUGGAGACGGCUGCUGUCACACGGCUACGCAACCAGCUACUGGAGGCAGAGUACUACCAGCUAGCUGUGGAGGUGUCCACAAAGAGUGGUCUGGACCCAGGCGGUGUGUGGCAGGCGUGGGGAAUGGCCUCCCUCAAGGCAGGGAACUUGACUGCUGCUAGGGAGAAGUUAUGUCGCUGUCUGAAAGCGCCGGUGGACAGAAACCAGCUCAACCUGGGUCCUCGGCUGCUGCAGGAGAUAGUCUCUCAUCUGGAGAGCACCGUCAGAUCCACGCUGGCCACGUCUUUCAGUGAGGACAUCCUGUGGUCUCUGAGGGAGCUUGAGGAAGCUCUUUGUGAGCCUGGAGGAUCAGUGGACUGGCCAGAGGGGGUUCAGGGUCAGGGCAACAGCCUGUAUCAAGAGAGCUUGUACUACCUGUCCAGCUACGGGACUCACCUGGCCCUGGUCUCCUUCCUGAUGAGACACGACAACAUGAAGGACGCCCUGCAGCACCUACUCAGCAAGGAAUGUCCAGAGGAGGUGUUCCUGGAGGGCAUAUUGCAGCCUAGUCUGGAGAGGGGUCGUCUGGGGAUGCUGCAGGGGUUACUGGAGACCCUAGAUCCAGGCCUGGAGGUCUGUAGCCGAUACCUCCUCUCCUCCUGUCAACUGCUGCAGCGACGGGGACACUUCCACACACUAUACCAGCUACAACAGUUCAUGAUGGACCACGUACGAGCGGCCAUGACGUGCAUCCGGUUCUUCACCCACGGUGUCGUGUCCUACGUACAGCUGGGAGACCAGCGGAGAUGGCUGGUUCGGGCCAAGGAGCACCUCAGAACCUACCUUCAGGAGCAACAGGGAACACGUACCAACAGCACCAACAGGAAGAAGAGCACCUCUAACUCCUUCAGAAAGAAGAUGUCUUCUAGUGAUGUGUCCAGACACAUGAACACGAUAGAGCUCCAGCUGGAGGUGACUCGGUUCCUGCAUCACUGUGAAACAUCAAGCUCCGCCCCCACCCCCUCUGCCUCCUCCAGCACUCCUCCCACUCUGUUCGGCCCCAGCGCUAUGAAGAUCGAUGUAGCCUGCAAGGUGAUGUUGGGAGGAAAGAACAUCGAAGAGGGGUUUGGUAUCGCAUACCGAGUCAUACAGGACUUCCAGCUGGAAGCCUUGACGGUAUACGUGCGUGCGGGCCAGAGGCUUGUGCGCCAGCGUCAGUACCGGGCCGUGCGCCAGCUGCUGAAGUGCGUGGGCGAGUCGGGCACCGCCACCAAGAACGACUGUGAUGUCAUCAUACUCAGCUGCGUCUCCAUCGCAGAUAAGGGCCCCACAGACGCCAAGGAGUUGGAGUGUCUCAUUCUGGAGACAAAGAGCACAGAGAACAAGAUUAAGGCCUACCUGCAGGUGAGUAAACUGCGAGCGGCCUAUCUCCUAGCUGUAAAGCUGGAUACAACCAGGGCUGGGCCGCUGGUUCAGGAAGUCCUCCAGACAGCGGAGGGCGUCGGAGACUCUGUCAUGCAGGACAUCUGUUGCCAGUGGCUGUCUGAGCACAAGGACAGGGACAGAAAGACGCCGCCUCCUACAAAAAAACAAGGCCGACCCAACGCCAAGUAAACCCACGAGGGGGAGGGGAACAUGGGCCGUGUUCGUUACGCGCCAAACGGGACUCGUCUAAUCAGAAAUGCUUGUUGCAAAAAAAAAAAAAAAAAAUGAUCACAAUAUUUUCUAUUUGUUGUGUGGCCCUAAUGAACACGACCCGGGCGUAAUCGUUGUUCUGGAGACACCUAGUUCAGGUUACAAGAUGGGGAACCAGACAUCGUCAGGGAAUAACAGAUCGCACUUCAACUGGAAACGCCACGAGUGGAACAACAAGACACCUUGCCUGGACUCUGUGACUGACUUCCUCUUCCUCACUGAAAGUAGUGAAACACCGUUGUGCCGACUGUCUCAUCUGGAGGGUUGACUGACUACAGCCAGACAACACUGUCUCUCUCUCUCUCUCUCUCUCAUCUGGAGGGUUGACUGACUACAGCCAGACAACACUGUCUCUCUCUCUCUCUCAUCUGGAGAGUUGACUGACUACAGCCAGACAACACUGUCUCUCUCUCUCAUCUGGAGAGUUGACUGACUACAGCCAGACAACACUGUCUCUCUCUCUCUCUCAUCUGGAGAGUUGACUGACUACAGCCAGACAACACUGUCUCUCUCUCUCAUCUGGAGAGUUGACUGACUACAGCCAGACAACACUGUCUCUCUCUCUCAUCUGGAGAGUUGACUGACUACAGCCAGACAACACUGUCUCUCUCUCUCUCUCUCUCUCUCAUCUGGAGGGUUGACUGACUACAGCCAGACGACACUGUCUCUCUCUCUCUCUCUCUCUCUCAUCUGGAGGGUUGACUGACUACAGCCAGACAACACUGUCUCUCUCUCUCUCUCUCUCUCUCUCACUCACUCACUCACUCACUCACUCACUCACUCACUCACUCACUCACUCACUCACUCACUCACUCACUCACUCACUCACUCACUCACUCACUCACUCACUCACACACUCACACACUCACACACUCUCACACACACUCUCACACACACUCUCACU